AUGGCGUUUCUUGUUCUUGUUCUUCUUUUAAAUUUUGUAUUUAAUGCAACAAAUGCUCAAUCAACAAGCACUAUUAUCAAACCAGGUUCUUUUCUUUCACCCAUUAAUAAUUCAUAUUUGCUAUCUCCUUCCGGCCAGUUCGCUUUCGGUUUCUACCGAUACAAAAACGGCUACUCCGUAGGCAUAUGGUUCGAAAACAUCCGGCAGAAAACAAUUGUAUGGACGGCUAACCGAGAUGCCUCGCCGUUCCCUAGCGAUGUCACAUUGGUUUUAACCACCGAAGGUACCCUUAUUGUUCGACCAAAGCAAGGUCAAGACGUACUCAUUGCCGAUACUAGUAGUGAUAACGUGCCACGGUUAGCAACUUCGGCCUCGUUGCUCGAUUCGGGUAACUUUGUUUUGUUGAAUUCGAGUGGUGGGAUCGUAUGGAAGAGUUUUGAUUUCCCGACCGAUACCAUUUUACCAGGACAACGUCUAGCGGUGACCGGUAAGCUCGUUUCGAGUGUUGCCGAGUCGGAUCAUGGUAGCGGAAAAUUUCUAAUUCUUAUGCAAAGUGAUGGGAAUUUGGUCCAAUACCCUGUUGGAGCAGUACUGGAACGUGGUGCUGCUUAUUGGGCUACUAAUACAUUUAAUGCUGGAUAUGGUGUGAGCUUGAAUCUUGAUGGUAAUGGUCACCUAUAUUUGUUAAAUGAUACCGGGUUCAACAUCAAAAGUAUUAAUACGAACUACGUUAAUGCCUCGGGUAAGUCCGUGUAUCGUGCAACAAUUGAUACGGAUGGUAUAUUUCGAUUGUACUCACAUAGUUCUAACCGAUUUAAUGAUUGGUACACCGAAUGGUCAUCCUCUAAUUAUAGAUGCGAUCCUUUAGGUUUCUGCGGCGAGAAUAGUUAUUGUGUUAUGAUGGAUGGGAAACCCGUUUGUCAAUGUCCUCCUCAUUUCAAUUUUAUCAACGAGAAGCGAAAGGAAUUGGGUUGCCAAAAGAACUAUAGUUUAGUUGCUUGUGACACAAGAAAUGGCCGAACUUUUGAUUUUCUUGAGGUGAACGGUGUGUCUUGA